AUGGAUCGCAUAUUAGAGCGAGAUGCCGGCUUCGUGUCAGGAGGCGAUGAUGACGACUCCUGCUCGGGACCAGCGCAUUCUGACGACUCGGGGGUCCGGCUGGUGGAGACUGACUCGCGGGUCAAACGACCUCGCACGCCCACCCGGUUACAACCACCUAAGAAACGUAUUCGACUGAAUUCGAGAGAAGACCUACCGAGCCCAGAAAGUGAUACAUCGGCCAGCCCUUUCAGACCUUGGUCCUUCACCGAGGAACCGCAGAGAGAACCCCUAUCUUUAGUCAAGAAAGAGACUAGUCUGUUGAGGCAGCGACGGAGGCCGCUGGAACCGCCUCCACCUCCAAUCCCACCACCACCGGGCCCACCAAGAGUUCCUCCACACCCAGGCGUCGUAGAACCUUACCAAGACAAAGCUAAGCCUAGGGAACAGAGGAAUUAUAAGAAUAUGACCCGAGAAAGGAGGAUAGAAGCAAACGCGAGAGAACGGACAAGAGUUCAUACCAUAAGUGCUGCCUUCGACACGUUGAGGCGUUCAGUUCCUGCAUACAGUCACAACCAGAAACUAUCAAAGUUGUCGGUGCUACGGAUAGCGUGCGCGUACAUUGCGGCGCUGUCUGCGGCGAUUGACCCUGAGGCUGAUUUAACGUCAGCAGUGGACCACGUGACGCAUACAAUACAUACCGAAGGGAAAUUGAGAAAGAAGAAGGAUGAUGCGUGAAGCGCAGUGGACUGAAGUGGCCGAAUUAAUUUUCUGUACAAUCGUAAUCGGUUUUUGGAGUUUUCGCUGAACUUGGUCCGUCAUCGGAGGCGAUGUGGAUAAGUGACAAUAACUUGCGAAUAGUAUUCCUAGUUCAGGGUGUGAUGACACUUUAAUGGAUUUCGUUCGUAACGUGAAAGCCAGAAGCCGAUUAUGGUUACCGCGUUUCAAUUAAAACCGUCCUGAGAAGCCUCUCUUUGCGCUAUAAGUUAGUACAAAAACGACAAUAAUAUUGGUAAUGGAAAAUUUAAUGUAUUAACUAUGUAUGUAGGUAUUUAUAUUGGAAUGUUUUGAAAGACAUGUUUGUCAUAUUCUUACGGGAAUAGGAAAUAUAAUUGCAGUAACUGAAAGUAGAGACCAUUUGUAAGCAGAUGGUUAGAAUUCUUCUGUCUGCAUUGGAAAGAGUACCUAGAUCUAAAAACAUUCUUUAUUGUGAAUCUCAAGCCUAGAAUAGGUAUCACUACGACCUAAGAAUGAUUUUUAGUUCGUAUUAAUUCUGUUACAAUCAAAAUCAAUUUUAUUAUGUGAAAAUUAUACGUCAACAAGAAUGGCGCCACUGUAGAUUUUUUCAUUAGAUGUUGCAAGUGUACCUAUGCCAAUUAGAUUUAAUUUCAUUAUACAAUCGGCCCAGUACAAAUUGUUAUGUUCCUAUUUCAUCUCCGUUCAUCUACAACAGAUCUCGGGUUUAAACGAUUCCUACUAAUUAAUAAUUAAAUUAAUAUUAAAGACAGAACUAGCAUUAUGGUGUAAUGUCACGUUCCGAAUACAUAGUAACGAAAAAAAAAAACAUCUCAUAGACAAGUAGUUUGGCAAAAUCUUUUUUUUUCAUGUAUGUUUACCAUUCCUCAGUCCAGUAUUAAAAUAAGGCAAAAAUACCUAAAGUAAAAUCAAUUUGUGCAAAAUUAUGUAUUUAUGGCUUUAAACAAUAUAUUUAUUACAAUCGAGUCAGUAAUUUAAGUGAGAACUGUAUAGUUUUUAUUUAGUUUAAGGAGAAAAUGUUGCAUUUUGUAAAUAUUAGUUUUAAAAUGUAAAUACUUAUUAUUAUAUUUUAGUAAUGGUCAAUGUUUUGUUUUGGUUCUCUUGGAAAUUCUUCGAGUACUUCUUUUUUAAUUGCGUUACAGUUUGGUUUCCACAGAUAAUAUCUAAGUACCUACCAAAUAAUGUGCAAGGAAUAUUAUUACUUGUUCUGGCAUUUUCAUUCAGCCUCCUUUAUUUCGUUUCAAUGAUUUACCUAUUAUGGAACAUUUAAUUUUGUUUUUGUUUUUUAUGGGAAUUAAAAUGCCUUGAUACUGUAUUGUGAUAUAAUUAUUGUAAAUAAAAUAGUUAUAGGAUAAUACAUCACAUUUUGUUAAGUCUGACGUGGGAAUAUAAAUUGACAUUGACAGUUUUGAAGGCUGUCAAAACUACCACUACAUUUUUGUAAUCUUUCAUUUUAUUUAAAACCGUUGAGGGUUUGCUUAUUUAUAACUAAUAUUCCAAACCUAACUCUUUGGAUUUUAAAUAAAAUGAAAGAUUUAUAAAUAAAUAUUACUAACUGCCGUACUGAGAGACAUUUAAUGAUUACAUAACCUAUUCCUUAGUAACGAUUUUGUUCAAAAAACUUGGGACUGGGUUAAAUAAGCAUUAAAUGUCCCUGAGUACAGUAGUUACAUAAGUGAGUACAGUCAGUGAACAAAGUAAUGAGUUACAGGGAUACUCUUCAUUAAAUUGAGACACUGACUUUAUCUACUUAACAUACAUGUACAGAUUCUGAUGGUGCAUUAUUAAUAAAAUUCAAAUAUAUAAUUAGCCAUAAAAAAGGAAAUAAAAGAAAGUGAAGUACACAAUUAAA